AUGCUACACAGCCUGCUUCACCAUCCACUUGUUAGUGCUUUUACCGCCGAGAGAGUCAGUCCUCUUGCACUGGCGCCGAUUAUUCCAGUUGCUUUUAACAUGUGUAACCCAACUUGGGCCCAUAUCUCAACAAUAUCGAUGCUCUCAUUACAAAUUGACGUCGGGGUAGUGUACCAACGACCAGAAAUAUCGGAGCCUAAUGAUUUCAAGGCCGUUCUGGCCCGUCAUAUUGCAUCCGCAAGUUUGCAUGACAUGCUAUCGGCUCUGUCACCACAUCUAAUGGAGCUUGAUAUUGGCUUUCGAAUUGAUGGCGGUUUCGAACAAGAGUAUCCAGCUCAUUUCGGCUUGACCCUGCCAAACGUUUUCUUCCCACAAUUGGAGCGUCUAGCUUACGCAGGAUUUUCCGACGAGGCUGGUCAGUUCACGACCUUCCUGGCCAACCAUGUGAACACGCUCACCUCUAUCGCGCUAGAGAACAUUAACUUGGGAUCGCAACAAUUAUCCGUUCUGUUCUCAGUUUUGAAGAAGCUACGCUUACAUAGCGUAACCCUGUGGGGAAUUCUUGUAGGGAGAGGUGGCCUAGAAACGGUUGAUUUCACCAAGGCACCAAAUCUUAGCGACGAGUUUGAGGAAGCACUCAAGACAAAGACUGUCGAAGAGUUUGAGGAGUGGUGUGAACUUGAGGUCAUCUCUACUUAUUAG